UGAACUUAAGUGAGAUUUAGUAAAAGGUAGUAAGGGAGGGAGCUGUGGCUGUGGCUCCUCACUGUCAGCAGCUCCUCAUUGGCCAGCCAGAAGCCCCUCUGCGUGAAGGAAAUAUCACCAGGGAAACUUCUCCUCACUGCCUCUGUGCGUGUUUUCCUCCGUGCCAGGGUUAUUUUUAAAUAGCGUUUGGCUUCCUGCUCAGACUGAAGUCUACAAGCCGCAGCAUCCCCGUUUUGUUGUUUUCGGGAUUUGCCAGUUCGGAGAUCCAGAAAAAGCUCGCUGCAAUGUUCUCUUCUUCUGCUCUCCCACAGUUUCACUGCAAGCUCUUUGCAAAAAUGGGGGACGACCGACCUUUUGUGUGCAACGCUCCCGGCUGUGGACAGAGGUUUACCAACGAGGACCACUUGGCUGUACACAAACACAAGCAUGAGAUGACGCUGAAGUUUGGACCAGCCAGGACUGACUCUGUUAUAAUCGCAGAUCAAACGCCUACCCCCACACGUUUUCUCAAGAACUGCGAGGAAGUCGGUCUGUUUAACGAACUUGCCAGCUCUUUCGAACAAGACGACGAUGACAAGAAGGCCAAGAACCAUCUUCCUGCAGCCAACUCUGUGGCUUUGGACAUGAGCCUGCAGACGCCAUCAGACGUGAAGGUGAAAAAGGAGGCACCUGUAGAGGUUGACUCCUCACCUCCAUGCAGCCCCGAGUCGAUAUCUGGGACGUCGGACAGCAACCAGGAGCCAGUGGUCAGAGGAAAGGACUCGCCUCCUAGGAGUUCAGCCCCCACUCCAACUAUUGUCCGCCCAGGUUCUCUUCCACUACACUUGGGCUUUGAUGCUCUUCACCCCACCAUGCCAUCCCCCACUUCUGUCAUCACACAAGCGCCACCUUCAAAUCGCACUUUGGGUUCACCAACUAGCCAUUACCCGAUGAUGAUGCUUCCCACUGGUCAGGCUGUACCUGUGCUCCCUGGUCCUGCACAGAUACCCUCUGUCAUUAACCUUGCUCGACCCAUGUGUAUGGUACCCAACAUUCCUGGAAUCCCUGGUCCUCCUCUGGGAGGCAGCAGCAGCGGCUCCAACUCCCCCUCCGGCUACAGCAUCCACUCAGAGGCCAAGAUGCGUCUGAAAGCAGCGCUGUCGCAGCAGAGCCCAUCGGGCCAGAAUUUGGGAGCCAUGGUUAUGGGCAGCAGCCCAAUGGUACCUCAGAGGGCAGAGCAGAGCCAGCUGCUUGUCCAGCACCCAGACGCUCCAUCGCCUGCACAACCUCAGGUAUCUCCAGCACAGCCUACAGGUGGGCGUCGACGGCGGACGACAGACGAUGACCCAGAUGAGCGAAGGCAGCGCUUCCUGGAGAGGAAUAGGGCGGCGGCGUCGCGCUGCAGACAGAAACGCAAACUGUGGGUCAGUUCUCUGGAGAAGAAGGCCGAGGAGCUCAGCAGUCUCAACGUCUCGCUGUCGAAUGAGGUUUCUCUGCUGCGAAACGAGGUGGCGCAUUUGAAGCAGCUGCUUCUCGCCCACAAGGACUGCCCUGUAACCACCCUACAAAAGAAGACUGCCUACUUAGCUGCAGAAGAGAGCCUCAAAGAAACCUCAGAGCCUACAGGUUCCCCAGCCCCAGUGAUUCAGCACAGUUCUUUGGCACCCAGCCCCUCCGCGGGUCAAAACGGGCUAAGCACAAGAGCCGCAGCCGAGGCCAUGGCCAUGUCGGUGCUGGCAGGAAUGGGUCAGCAGCACCAGAGGGUCGAGGGUGGACCCUCUCACAUUAUCAUGACUGCACAGUCCCAGUCGGCUGCCAGAUGAUGAGCAGCGCCACCACUGGCCCAGACUUGGCUUAUCCACCCAGGGGUAGAAAAGACUCCCACCAUCCGCAGCCUUUAGGUCCAAAUUUCACACCUCCUCCCACCCUCCUCCCGCGUCUCCUCUUUUAAUCCGCCUGUGGAGCCAUCGAGCUGUGGCCUGGAGCUCAGCAGCGAUCAGCAGCCUUCUGGGAAUGGACUGAGACUUUAGGGAGAGCUUCCUGUUGACUUUGCCAUAAACUACAGGGGCUGGACUCCGAUCACCCUUCCUCUUUGCCUUUCUGCUCCUCUCUCCUCACCCUUGGGUGAAAAUGACCCACUCACCAGACUGUAAGGAAGUACGUGGGUUAAUCUGCCGUGAUUUUUAAAAACUGCCAAUGUGCACAGUUUCAAACUCAUAGUUGCAUAAAAACUGUUGAUCAAAACGGAUCCAGCACACCAGGCUCUAUGCUGUCUUCAGCUGGGAAUAGUGCCUCGUGCUCCCGGACAUUCAGAACCGCGUUCACACCCACACAUCUAUCGCUGCACGUCUCAUUCAUCUUCAGCUCAAAAGACGCAAUAACGUGAUCAAGUUCUCCUGAUUCUGUUGGUGCGCUCCCUGCCUUUUAACCACGGUUCCACAGCCAUAUGAUCCGGUCAUGGACCCAUGCGCGUUACCUCACCCUCCUUUAUGUUGAAGACGUGUUAACUGUGUGUGAUGGUAUACUUAUGUGCACCAGAACAUAAGUAGUUACUUCAGAUCUGAUGCAUUAUUAGCUGUGUUGUUCGCAUGUGACUUUUCCUGCGUGGGUGUAAAGUAUGUGCAGCUAUAUAUAAUUUUUUUUUUUCUCAAAUUGGCAAAUCCUAUUACCAAAAUACGUUGGAUUAUAAUUUCUAAUAGUGUUUUUUUUUAUUUUCCAUUUAACCUGAAGGGAAUUAAUCCUCCGCUGUCCUUCAUGUUUCAAUGAAAAUCAGGUCGACUGUUCAGGUGGGUUGUAAGUUAGUUGCCUUUUUUUCACUUUAUGUGAAACUACUCUGUUUUUUUUGUGGGUCCAGGACUUUGUGUAACUGUUAUUUUCACACUUCUCAGGAUGGCGGAUCAUCCUUGCUGCUCGUUGGAAGUGUGAUGAACCUUUUUUAAAGAAAAAAAAAAAAAUUAAGUCUCUGUGCUCUUUACCAAACCUAAACUAAGCCAUAAUCCCCAGGUCUCCAAAGACCACCUGGUACUUGUUGUGAGACAGGAAGUAAAUAGUCUGACUGUUAUUUUGAGUUACAGUGACAGAAUCUACCGUAUUUUUCGGAUUAUAUGGCGUACUAAACGGUCUUCCCAAGUGUGUAAUAUCACUCCGCCCCUCCGCGUACACAGCUCUCUCCUGAGGGAGAGCCAUCCGUCUCUAUAGAGAGGACAGAGUAGGUGAACUACACUGCCCUGUUUCUAACAUAAGGCCAAAAUAAACGUUUAUAUAGAAUUAACUUACUUGGUUUAUUGAUGCUAGCGCGUACUCUGGGCGUGGCCUGCCUUACAUCAAUGCACUUCUAGUUUAGACAUUACAGUCAGGCAGUCUUGUAGACAGCUCAGGGGUCCGAUCAGGUAGUGACACAGUUUACCAUAAUGCUCCGAAAUAACCAAUGAGCGGAGCGGCUUCGUUGCUAACCAAAGUCAUACUUACACAUUUUGACAGAUUUUUGAGCGCAUUGCACCACAUAAAAUCAGUCGGCAAGCACAACAUGUACGGUAGUCAUAUUUAGGGCGCACCAUAAAUUUUGAGAAAAUUUAAGGAUUUUAAGUGCGCCCUAUAGUCCGAAGAAUACGGUAGUCUGUCACUACUUGUUUCUUGCACUUUGACACGGUCACACACAUCUAAAGACUUUGUUUUUGGCCUUAGGAUCACGUUUGUGCCUCCAAUGUUCUCAGUUGGAUAUCCAAAAAAACUGCUUAUGUUAAUAUAAAGACCCUUGGAGAAAGUAUUUAUCACAUUAAAUGGAAACCAGCCAUUGACUUUAGCUGGUUUCUGACAUUACGCAACAGUUUUAUUAUAGAAUUUAAAUAAUUUGCUGUAUUGCCAGGGAAGAAUUGGGAAAAUAUUUGUACUUGUCUGUCAUCUGGUGGAGAAACAAAGAAAAUACUUUUUUUCUAGUAAAAGCUUUAAGAACAGAAACAUCUGAAAGGUUACUUAGAAAUCUUUCCCAGAUAUUUUACUAAAUAUUGACAUAUAUAUAUUUUUGCAUAAACACAGACAUAACAUGCUUUUCCUGUUGUCCUUGUUCACUUCUGUCCUUUUUUGUUUACUAUGAUCAUAUAUUUACAGGAUACUAUAUUCAAAAAGCAAGAUAUCUCUAUUAUGAUCCUUUAGUAUGCACUAAAGUAAGAGUUUAUUGUGGCUUCGUAUUUCUCUUCAUUGGGUCACGUUUUUUUUGCAGCUCUUUUGUUUCUCAGAACAGAGGUUUGUUCAUGAG